UAAAGACAUUUUCAUUGAAUUAACAAAUUCUAUUGAAUAUGAAUUAUACAAAUUUAUUAAGAAACAUCCAUAAUCCAUUCUUGUAGAGAUUUGUUGCAGGACAAUAGGACAUUAAUGAGGAAUUAACUUCUAUUAAUAAAUGUCAUGAUGCCAAUGACGAAGUAGAAGGUAUUACCACAGAUUACUGUCUGUGGUAUUACUCAGUGAAUUUAUUAAGAGGGUUAAGUUUAUAAGAAAAACCGAUUUGUCAUUAUACAUCUUUAAAAGGUUUUAAAACAGAGUGAUUAUUGAAUAAAACUACAUAUAUUCCAAAUAGUCUCAUACAAUAUUUUGAAAAAUGGAUUCCGAUUGGAUUAAUGCUCCUCACAGUACAGGAACCUCUAUCAUGGCUGCUGAAUUCGAAGGCGGCGUUGUAAUUGGGGCUGAUACAAGAACUACCACAGGAACAUAUAUUGCCAACCGAGUAACUGACAAACUAACCAAAAUAACUGAUCGUAUAUAUUGUUGUCGUUCCGGAUCUGCUGCUGAUACCCAAGCUAUUGCAGAUAUUGUCUCCUAUCAUUUAGGAUUUCAUGGAAUGGAAUUGGGAGAAGAACCUCUUGUUGAAACUAGUGCUUCAGUAUUUCAAGAGCUGUGUUAUAACUAUCGUGAUUCUCUCAUGGCUGGUAUUUUAGUCGCAGGAUGGGAUAAACGAAAAGGAGGACAGAUUUAUUCCAUUCCCAUUGGUGGAAUGUGUGUUAGACAGAAAGUUUCAAUUGGUGGUUCUGGUUCUAGCUUUGUUUAUGGUUAUGUUGAUGCAAACUAUAAACCUGGAAUGAACAAGCAAGCUUGUGUUGAUUUUGUUAUUAAAACCUUGGCUUUAGCCAUGUCAAGGGAUGGUUCAUCAGGUGGUUGUGUUCGUAUUGGAAUUAUUACUAAGGAUGGUAUCGAACGUAAAGUAAUUUUGGGCACAGAAUUACCUAAAUUUUAUGAAGAAUAAAAGAGUAAAACAAAUUGUUAUAGGUUCAACAAUUCAUUCAAUAAAAAUUUUAUAAUUC